UCUACAGCAUUACAGCUGUUUUGUAAUUUGUUCGAUUUCAAGUACCUACAAAUUAGUGGUUGAAAAUUUUAUAAGAAAAAAUUCUAGUGUGAAAAUAUUUUCAAAUAGUGACGAACUUUUAAAGUGAAGUGAAUUUAAAAAUUAAUCCAGGAAUAAACAAUCUGCAGCAAAAUUCGAUUACUCGACACUCAACAGUGCAUAAUAUACGUGCGUUAUAAGUGAACAAAGUGUGACGAUUGGUGUGGGACAAAGAGCUAGGUGUGUGAUGUAUACUAUAUAAAAAGUGUAGUGGUGUUGUCCAGUGGAUGCAGAGCCAGCGUUGCAGCGCCCGCCCUGGCAUGCUGCCGGGCAGGUAGCGCGCGCGGGCGGCCUGCGCAGGCCCCACACAAGCAGUCGCGUGUGUUCUUCAGCGUCGUCUAUGGCCGAGCAACACAUCACACCGUCGUCGCACUCUGCACUCACGAGAGAGUCCAGCGGGUCUUCUCCUAGCAGGGUGGUGGGCGGUCGGUGGUUGCGUCGAGUUCGUCGAGCAAGCCACGGCCGUCGAAACAGACGCUACCUGACGUCGCCUCUGCCACGCUCUUCAAGCCGACAGUCCUCUGGUCGCGGAUCUGACGUAGAUUCCCACGUUGAACUGCGAAGAAGCUCACGGCUCAUCAACUCACUGCCUCGAUCUGACUAUUCAGUUACAGAGCGUUGGUCAUACGGCACCGACGUAUACGAAACACGUUGCGAUACCUUACAUCAUAAGAGUGGAGAUUCCAAGUCUUCGAGUGCACAUACGAAACGUAAACAUUCAUCCUCGCAUGACAGAAAAAAGAAAACCAAAUCGAGUAACAGCACGGAAGAGUGCGUCGCGUAUUGCACACGCUCACGGACUGCUCUUAAAACGACCGAGAGUGCUUGUGAGCAAAUCCCGAACUGUUUAUCGCCAAUUCCGACUAAUCAAAGCUCCACAGCGACUUCAGUACAACCAAACAGCUCUGAAGGUGGCUUGCUGCCACUAGACGAAAGAGAUUUCGCGUAUUCCCCAUUCAGCUCGUCAACAGUCACCGAUCUGCUCGAUUCUGAUUAUUCAGUGUACAGCCCCACGACCAGUAAUCGGAAAGGCAAGAAACGAAAACGAUCGCAUCACCGAUCUCUGUCCGGCAGGAAGAGUAGUUACCUGAUCGACGACUACAAGAAAAGAGUUAAAAUAGAGCCAUCAGAUUCGAGCGAUACUGUUAGCAGCAAAACUUUUAGGAACGAGCCAGAAAAAUUUGACAACACUACACCGCAAACUUCUUGUACGUAUUUAUUGCGGAACAGACAUCACCGUGACCUCGGGCCGCCUACCUCAACGGUCGUCAGUGACAACACAGCAGUUUCAUCGACCUGCGACACUGCUCAUAAUCAAUCCGCCACUGCUCAUAAUCAAUCCGCCACUGAACAAAACAGUACUGCCGAAGCUAGAGUCAUCUCGCCUCCGCCCUACAAAGAUCUCCAAGAAGCGAGUUCAUCGAAAGCACAGAACGCUGGGAGUAAACUGCUGAUUGUACCACGUGACCUGCCAUAUCUACGUCAAACUAACGCUCGAAGGAGUAUCGCAGCUGCGACGGGGGCUACUCUGGGAGCUUGCUUGACGCGGGGAGCCUCAGGCAAUCAGCGCCAGAGACAGGAUACGACUUCUAAAAGACAGGUAGCGAGCAGCGAGGGCGCGGGCGGCAGCAGCGCGGCGGGGCGGCGGGCGCGGGCUCGCGAUAUGCCGCAGCCGCAGCCGGCCUCUACUCGAAAAGAAAAACGAGGCAAAACCAGUCUGGGUUCCUGUGCCAGUACUGGUGCUGCCACUAGCCGCUCCCACGCCCAGCCUCUAACCACGGGUGCCAUAGCAUCCACGUCCACCACACCACCUGCUCAAGCUGCAGCUGUCUCGAUGCCUGACAAUGCUGCAAGUGACGUCAAGCCUAAAGUGGGUGGCAUGACGUCAGCGGAGGAGUGUGGGGGCGCGGGCGGGGCGGGGCUGGGCGGCGCGGCGACGCUGGCCGAGGAGUCGUCGUCCGAGGAGGGCGAGGUGGGCCGGCUGCAGGCGCUGCUGGAGGCGCGCGGCCUCCCCCCGCACCUGCUCGGCGCGCUCGGGCCUCGCAUGCAGCACCUCCUGCACCGGACGGUCACCGCUAACUCGGCGGCUUCUAAAGCAGCUCAACUGCUCGCCGGCCUCCAGGCAACCGGCGACGAAGGCCAACAGCUUCAAGCCGUCAUAGAAAUGUGCCAACUUCUCGUUAUGGGCAACGAGGACACGCUCGCCGGCUUCCCGGUCCGACAAGUCGUUCCCGCUCUCGUUAACCUGCUCGCUGCCGAACAUAACUUUGACAUGAUGAACCACGCGUGCCGCGCGCUGACGUACAUGCUGGAGGCGCUGCCGCGCAGCAGCGGCGCGGUGGCGCUGGCCGUGCCCGCCUUCCUCGACAAGCUGCAGGCCAUCACGUGCAUGGACGUCGCCGAGCAGAGCCUCACCGCGCUCGACAUGCUCUCCCGCAGACACGCCAAGGCCAUCCUGCAAGCGCGAGGUGUAUCGGCUUGCCUGACCUACCUGGACUUCUUCUCCAUAAACGCGCAGCGUGCCGCGCUCUCCAUCACCGCUAAUUGUUGCCAAAACCUCACUGCAGAUGAAUUUCACCUUGUCCGAGAAUCUCUACAAUUGCUUGCUAAUAGACUAACUCAACAAGACAAAAAGUCAGUGGAGUGCGUUUGUCUCGCAUUCUCGCGGCUCGUGGACAGCUUCCAGCACGACCCGGCACGCUUGCAGGAAAUCGCCACUCCGGAAUUACUUACUAAUCUACAACAACUUUUGGUGGUGCAGCCGCCACUGAUAUCGGGCGGGACGUUCAUCAUGGUGCUGCGGCUGCUGUGGCUCAUGUGCGGCGCCUGCCCGCAGCUCGCGCUCGCGCUGCACCAGCGGUCCAUCGCCGACACGCUGCUCUGUCUGCUCACCGGCUCCACGCUACAUCAGGAGCAAGUGGAGCUGAUACCGCGCCUGCCGCAAGAGCUGUAUGAGAUCACAUGCCUCAUCGGAGAGUUGAUGCCGCGGCUACCCACCGACGGGAUCUUCGCGGUGGACGCACAUCUCGACCGGCCCUGGUCCACCAGCACCGAGCGAACUGCGCAUUGGCAGUGGCGAGACGAUAGAGGUGUAUGGCGUUCGUACUCAUGGGCAGAAAGCCGUGCUCUGGAAGCAGGUGCGGCGGCGGGCGAGGAGGAGGUGUGCCUGAGCACGCUGGGCCGCUCCUACACGGUGGACCUCACCGCCAUGCAGCAGCUCAACGAACACACCGGCACCGCGCGGCCCGUGCAGCGCCUCGCCCCCCCGCACGCACCCCACGCCGCCGCCGCAGCCGCCGCGCCCGAUCCGCGCAUUAGCAUGGUGCGGUCGAACCCGUCUCUAAUCCGCGCUCUGCUGGCUGUCCUCCACGAAGUGUACUGGAGCUCGGCGGGACCGGCCGUGCGCUCGCAGGCUCUGAAGGCCAUACUGCGCUGCGUCUAUUACGCCGAUGCGGCGCUACUGCGACAAGUUCUAAAGAUGCAGGUGAUAUCGUCUCACAUCGCCGGUAUGAUGGCUUCUAGCGACCUGCGCAUUGUUGUGGGAUCGUUGCAGCUGGCGGAGAUACUGAUGCAGCGCUUACCCGAAGAGAUGGGUGCUCAGUUCAGACGCGAGGGCGUGCUGCAUCAGGUCGCGCAGCUCGCCGCACCGCAUUCCACCACACAGAACUUGCAAAAGUCACCGAAUGGCCCCAAUGCACGCACCAGCGGUGGGGCAUCCCCUCCAACAUCAUCAACGGCUUCGCUCGAGCACAACAAUCUUUCCAUGGCAUUUUCUGCUUCAGGUUCAUUUGUGGCCACUUCGCUACCGAGCGGUAGCGACGUGAGUGGAUCGGAACCGGGUCCUGCAUCUGCUUCUACACAUCCCCAGUUACCAACUUCAGUGCACAGGUCGGGCAGUCCCCUGCAGCUGGCUGAGAUGUUGAAACGUAAGCGGGCUAUAAAGCGGAACGGCGCGGGCGGCGGUCGACACGCGCGGCGCCGCGACGACCCCGUGCACGCGCCCGCGCCGCACCACGCGUCGCAUCACGCGCCCUCGCCGCACGGAGCGAGCAGUUCGGGCGGAGGGCGCGGCGCCGGGCGGCCCAGCGGCGCGUCCAAGACCGCGUCGUUCCUGUCGUCGCUGAACCCGUCGCGCUGGGGCCGCGCGCCGCACCAGCACAAGGAUACGGCGCUGCUCGCCUCGCCGCACGCCAGCGCCAACCUCACCGUGCAGAACAAAGAGAAAGUCCGCGAGUGGAUAUCGUGGUCGGCGCGUCGGCUGCGCUGUGAGUGGGGCGCGCUGGGCGGCGGCGCCGGGGCGCUGGAGCAGCUGGGAGCGCUGGCGGCCGCGCUGCCGCACGCUGCGCACUCGCGCGCCGCCCUGGCACAUCUCCGCGACACGCUGCUGCAUCACGACGUCUCGCCCUUCGAGGUGAACCAUUCCGGAGUAUUGGGCGCCUUGCACCAAUACCUAACGGGCUUCGACAUGGAAGUGGAUGGUUUGGAAAAGCGCGACGGCGAUGGCGAAGGACAGGAGUCCGCUGACUUGGUGCAAGCGUGCGAAGAGCGACUGCGUUUAUUCCUACAUGUGUUUGCUGAGAUGCCCAUUGAACCUGAAGUAAACGAUUGGAAAGAGUCGUUGGGCAGCAGCACGGCCUUGUGUGCGCUGGUGGCGAAGGUGAACGCGUGCGUGUCGCAUCUCGAGCAGUUUCCGGUGCGAGUCCACGACCUGCCGGCCCGUCCCGCCACGUCCGCUCUUAAAUUCUUCAACACGCACCAGCUCAUGUGUGAUCUCAAACGUCAUCCUUCGUGCAACACUUUGAAGCAAUGGAAGGGUGGUGUAGUACGAAUAGACCCAUUAGCUUUAGUUCAAGCCAUCGAGAGAUACCUGGCGCAGCGCGGGUACGCCCAGGGCCGCACGCGCUCGGACUCUGCGGGCGCGCACUCGGACGACGAGCCCGCCUCCGAUGACGACGUCGACGACGCCCUGCCCGCGCCGCCUCAGCCCACCAACGAUUCUGAACACAAACUCGAGUUCCUGAUCGGCGAUACAGUGCUGCCGUACAACAUGACCGUGUACCAGGCGGUGCGACAGUUCGGGGAACAAACGGACGCCGACACGGACACCGAAACUCCAUUGGCGAACGCGGGGAUAUGGGUCCAGACACACACGAUAUAUUAUCGCGCCGUGGAGCCGAACGAGCAACCGCGUUCCGAAAGCACUCCAUCAAAGAAAGGCAAAGGACAACCCACAAAGAUCUCAUCCCGACGAAAACCUGAUUUACUCUGGAACGAAGGCGCUGUGCCGGCGCGUGCGUCAUCGCUGGUGGUGAUGGUGCGCGCGGCGCUGCUCACGGAGGGCGACGUGCGGGACGCCUCGCUGCCCGCGCUGGGCGUGCUGCGCGCCCUGCACGCACUGUCGCGCCACUGGCACGCGCUCUACCGCGCCGCCUGUCUGCCGGACCACCGCCCUCUCGUGCCGCACGCAGACUUCAUCAAUGCUAAGCUCGCCGCCAAAGCCAAUAGACAGUUGCAAGAUCCAUUAGUAAUAAUGACAGGCAAUCUACCGCCGUGGCUAAAAAAGAUCGCCUACGCAUGUCCGUUCGUGUUGCCGUUCGAGUGUCGGCACUUGUUAUUCUACGUGGUGUCUUUCGACCGCGACCGCGCCCUGCAGCGGCUGCUGGAGGCGGGCGGGGAGCGCGGCGGAACGGCGGGCGGCGAGACGGAGCGCGUGGCGCCUCGCCUCGACCGACGCAAGCGCACCGUGCAGCGACACAACGUGCUACGCCAGGCCGAACACGUCAUGCACGAGUUCGCGCACACCAAGGCGCUCCUCGAGAUUCAGUACGAGAACGAAGUCGGCACCGGUCUCGGGCCCACCUUGGAGUUCUACGCGCUGGUCUCGCAAGAACUGCAACGCGCGGAUCUCGAUCUUUGGCACGGCAGCGAAAACUUCAAACAGAAGCCUAGCUCUUUCGGGGGUGAAAUUGUGAAAUCGGGCGAAGCGGCGGCCCGCCUCGCUACUUCGGUACGCGACGGUUUGAACUUGGACGAAGAACGUACGCGCGCCACUUCACCGACGGACCGUGAUAAAGAUGCUCCCGAGCCGGCUGCCUUCGUUUCGUGGCCGUGCGGACUCUUUCCGCAGGCGCUAGGUCGCAACGCCCGCGCAUCUCAUCUCUCUCGAGUCAAAGCCAAAUUCCGCUUCCUUGGAAAGUUCAUGGCUAAAGCGGUUAUGGAUUCACGAAUGGUGGAUAUUCCUCUGUCGGUAACAAUGUACCGAUGGGUGGUGAACGAAGAACGUUGGCUAAGCUUGAGCGACGUGCGACACGUGGCGCCCGAACUGUGGCGUUCUCUGUGUCGUUUACGGCGCGUCGCCGAUCGCGCACAACACAUCGCAGCCGACACCCGACAUACACAGGACCAGAAGAAUCAACUUAUAAGUAACCUUGAGCUAGAUGGAUGUCCGAUUGAAGAGCUCGGGCUCGACUUCAUAUUGCCCGGAGACGGAUGCACGGAACUGCGUCGGGGUGGCAGAGACAUGCCCGUCACUGCGCACAAUUUGCAAAAUUAUAUUGAUCUCGUAACUCAUUGGCUACUUUUUGAAGGUGUAUCAAAACAGAUGGAAGCUUUCAAAGAAGGAUUUGAGUCGGUAUUUCCUUUGAGUAACUUAAAAAUAUUUUAUCCUGAAGAGUUGGAACAAGUGUUUUGCGGAAGUCCUUCAGGUGGUCGUGACCAACGAUGGGAUCCACGUAUGCUGGCGGAAUGUAUUCGUCCGGAUCAUGGAUACAAUGCAGAAUCGCGGGCUAUACGCAUGCUUAUUGAUAUUUUGGCUUCGUACAACCGUGAAGAACAACGACACUUCUUACAGUUUGUUACUGGAAGUCCAAGGCUGCCAACUGGUGGAUUCAAGGCAUUGAAUCCACCGCUGACUGUGGUGCGUAAAUCGCUGGAGUCUUCAUUGGAUCCGGAUGAAUAUUUGCCAUCAGUGAUGACAUGUGUCAACUACUUGAAGCUGCCAGACUACAGUAGCGCAGAGGUGAUGCGCGCUAAGCUACGGCUCGCUGCUUCUGAGGGACAACAUUCGUUCCACCUUUCAUAAUUGGCUCCCAAGUUUCCUCUUUUACUGUGAUUACAUAUAUCGCCCCCUUUGUAUACACGUGUGAAUGCGGUUAGUGAUAUCUUAUUGUAAUUUUGUUAUAGUCAGCAGUGUAUAAGCUCUGGACAAAUGUUUAUGUGCAAUCAGAACCUAUAUUUUAUAAUGUGAUGGACACUGAAAGUGCGGCGUUCUUAGUUUUGUUCAUAUUUUCGAUUCUUUUAGAUUACAUAGAUAUGUUUAUAUCAUAUUUUGCGUUAAUUUAAUGUGAUAGCUUUGUAUAUUUCUUUUUGAAUACACCAGAGUGACGCUCUUUAGAUUAGAUGUGGCGUGGAUGUAGACUGUGGCAAAUAUAAUAUAUCUAGAUGGCUAUUUUAUCUGUUUACAGAAAACAUUUCAAAUAACUAUUGUAACUCACAAUUUUCCCAAGAAGUCGAUUUAAAUAAUAAUUAUAUAUGGUAAAGCUGUAAAAGCUUCAGUAAUGUAUGUUAGAAAUGUACUGUCACUUGAUGGGGUCACUGAUGGCCUCUAACUUUAUAUUGUCCUCCUUGGAGUGUCCUCUGAAUUAUAUGGCAUUUAUUACCAAACGGUGUAUGUUUUUGAUUCAAUAAGUAUCAUAAAUGAGUAAAUGAAAAGUGCAAAGUUAAUGUGUAACAAUUCCAAUAAACCAUAUAAUAAUAUCAAAA